ACCUAAUUAAAAGUGAUAUUUUUAUUUCGAGAAUUAUGAUAAUAAGAUAGCCUAAUAAGAAAGCCAAGAUUCACCGACUCACGCUCUUCCACCAAGAUCCCCAAUUCUAGUCUAGAUUAUAGAAAUUAUAGUAAUCAUGUCUUCGCGCGACAAGAAACCCUCAAAACCCUCGAGCAGCCGCCCCGGCGGCAUACGGACCCUCUCCGACUUGAAUCGGCCAUCUGGCCAUGACUCGGACAGUGACUCGGAUGGCCCCCAGGAGUACUACACAGGUGGCGAAAAGAGUGGUAUGCUUGUCCAAGAUCCUUCAAAGGGUAAUGACGUGGAUGCAAUUUUUGAUCAAGCGAGGCAGUUGGGUGCUGUGCAAGGCCCCUUGGAAAAUCUUAAUCCCUCUUCAAGUUCAAGAAGCUUUACUGGGCCUGGAAGGUUACUCUCGGGUGAAACUGCACCAUCUGCUGCUUCCCAGCAGCCUGAAUCGGUUGUACACAACAUUGUUUUCUGGAGAAAUGGUUUCACUGUUAAUGAUGGCCCUCUGAGGAGAUUGGAUGAUCCUGAAAAUGCACCUUUUCUGGAGAGCAUCAGAAAAUCCGAGUGCCCUAAAGAGUUGGAACCUGCAGACAGGAGAUCAUCUGUUCACGUGAAUCUCAUUAGGAGGGAUGAGAAUUGCCCUGAACCUGAGAAACGUCAGGUUUCAUUUCAAGGUACAGGUAGAACUCUAGGAAGUAGCUCCUCAACUGAGAAUGUGGUAGAGCCAUCUGUUUCUGCUUCCCUUAGAACUGCUCCAUCACCUUCUGCAGGCUUGGUGGUGGAUCAAUCACUGCCAUCCACCUCAAUUCAGCUUAGAUUGGCUGAUGGAACGCGCAUGGUAGCACGCUUCAACUAUCACCAUACAAUAGGUGAUCUCCGUUCCUUCAUUGAUGCAUCUAGGCCUGGAGGAACCAGUACUUAUCAGCUGCAAUCAGUUGGAUUUCCCCCCAAGGUUCUUGCCGAUCCGAACCAGACAAUUGAGCAAGCCGGGUUAUUGAAUUCGGUCGUUAUUCAGAAACUGUGAUUGGCCAUAUGAAAAUUUGUGUCCCAUUUUCUCAUAAAGGCUACUUCCAUUUGGCACCAAACUUUUAUCAUGUUGAGGAUUGAUGUUUCUAAUUUCUAAAAGCUAAAUUUAUGUUUGAAGUUAAAGAUAAAUUAUGUAUAAAAAAAUUGUUUUGAAUAGCUGCUCUGUUUGACUAUGAAUCGAGUAUACCGGGAGAAAGCUUUCGAUUUUCUGGGGCAUCACUUUUGUGAA